AUGUUAGGUACCUUUCCGGCUGCUAAUAUUGGCUCCAGCAGUCUCACUAUAUAUGUGAUGUCUACGGACGGUAAGUCCCUCGGCUGGAAAGGUAAGAACAGAGGAAAGGCGACCUGCCAGAGCCCUCACCGACCUGCCAGAGCCCUCACCGACCUGCCAGAACCCUCACCGACCUGCCAGAGCCCUCACCGACCUGUCAGAGCCCUCACCGACCUGCCAGAGCCCUCACCGACCUGCCAGAACCCCCACCGACCUGCCAGAGCCCCACCGACCUGCCAGAGCCCUCACCGACCUGCCAGAACCCCCACCGACCUGCCAGAACCCCCACCGACCUGCCAGAGCCCCCACCGACCUGCCAGAGCCCCACCGACCUGCCAGAGCCCUCACCGACCUGCCAGAGCCCUUACCGACCUGCCAGAACCCCCACCGACCUGCCAGAGCCCUUACCGACCUGCCAGAACCCCCACCGACCUGCCAGAGCCCCCACCGACCUGCCAGAGCCCUCACCGACCAGCCAGAGCCCUAACCCACCUGCCAGAACCCCCACCGACCUGCCAGAGCCCUUACCGACCUUCCAGAACCCCCACCGACCUGCCAGAGCCCUUACCGACCUGCCAGAACCCCCACCGACCUGCCAGAGCCCUUACCGACCUGCCAGAGCCCUCACCGACCUGCCAGAGCCCUUACCGACCUGCCAGAACCCCCACCGACCUGCCAGAGCCCUUACCGACCUGCCAGAACCCCCACCGACCUGCCAGAGCCCUUACCGACCUGCCAGAGCCCUUACCGACCUGCCAGAGCCCCCACCGACCUGCCAGAGCCCUUACCGACCUGCCAGAGCCCCCACCGACCUGCCAGAGCCCUCACCGACCUGCCAGAGCCCCCACCGACCUGCCAGAGCCCUUACCGACCUGCCAGAGCCCUCACCGACCUGCCAGAGCCCUUACCGACCUGCCAGAGCCCUUACCGACCUGCCAGAGCCCCCACCGACCUGCCAGAACCCUCACCGACCUGCCAGAGCCCUCACCGACCUGCCAGAGCCCUUACCGACCUGCCAGAACCCCCACCGACCUGCCAGAGCCCUUACCGACCUGCCAGAGCCCUCACCGACCUGCCAGAGCCCUUACCGACCUGCCAGAACCCCCACCGACCUGCCAGAGCCCUUACCGACCUGCCAGAACCCCCACCGACCUGCCAGAGCCCUUACCGACCUGCCAGAGCCCUUACCGACCUGCCAGAGCCCCCACCGACCUGCCAGAGCCCUUACCGACCUGCCAGAGCCCCCACCGACCUGCCAGAGCCCUUACCGACCUGCCAGAACCCCCACCGACCUGCCAGAGCCCUUACCGACCUGCCAGAGCCCUCACCGACCUGCCAGAGCCCUUACCGACCUGCCAGAGCACUUACCGACCUGCCAGAGCCCUUACCGACCUGCCAGAGCCCCCACCGACCUGCCAGAACCCUCACCGACCUGCCAGAGCCCUUACCGACCUGCCAGAGCCCCCACCGACCUGCCAGAGCCCUUACCGACCUGCCAGAGCCCUCACCGACCUGCCAGAGCCCUUACCGACCUGCCAGAGCCCUCACCGACCUGCCAGAGCCCUUACCGACCUGCCAGAGCCCUUACCGACCUGCCAGAACCCCCACCGACCUGCCAGAGCCCUUACCGACCUGCCAGAACCCCCACCGACCUGCCAGAGCCCUUACCGACCUGCCAGAACCCCCACCGACCUGCCAGAGCCCUUACCGACCUGCCAGAACCCCCACCGACCUGCCAGAGCCCUUACCGACCUGCCAGAGCCCUCACCGACCUGCCAGAACCCCCACCGACCUGCCAGAGCCCUUACCGACCUGCCAGAACCCCCACCGACCUGCCAGAGCCCUCACCGACCUGCCAGAACCCCCACCGACCUGCCAGAACCCCCACCGACCUGCCAGAGCCCUUACCGACCUGCCAGAACCCCUACCGACCUGCCAGAACCCCCACCGACCUGCCCGAGCCCUCACCGACCUGCCAGAGCCCUCAACGACCUGCCGAACCCCCACCGACCUGCCAGAGCCCUCACCGACCUGCCAGAGCCCUCACCGACCUGCCAGAACCCCCACCGACCUGCCAGAGCCCUCACCGACCUGCCAGAGCCCUCACCGACCUGCCAGAACCCCCACCGACCUGCCAGAACCCCCACCGACCUGCCAGAGCCCUCACCGACCUGCCAGAGCCCUCACCGACCUGCCAGAACCCCCACCGACCUGCCAGAGCCCUCACCGACCUGCCAGAGCCCUCACCGACCUGCCAGAACCCCCACCGACCUGCCAGAACCCCCACCGACCUGCCAGAGCCCUCAUCGACCUGCCAGAGCCCUCACCGACCUGCCAGAGCCCUCACCGACCUGCCAGAGCCCUCACCGACCUGCCAGAACCCCCACCGACCUGCCAGAGCCCCCCACCGACCUGCCAGAGCGCCACCGACCUCCAGUAGGUGGGCCCCAGCCAGAGAGUGGGCUCCAGCCAGAGAGUGGGACCCAGCCAGUAGGUGGUCCCCAGCCAGUAGGUGGGCCCCAGUCAGUAGGUGGGCCCCAGUCAGUAGGUGGGCCCCAGUCAGUAGGUGGGCCCCAGCCAGUAGGUGGGCCCCAGCCAGAGAGUGGGACCCAGCCAGUAGGUGGUCCCCAGCCAGUAGGUGGUCCCCAGCCAGUAGGUGGGCCCCAGUCAGUAGGUGGGCCCCAGUCAGUAGGUGGUCCCCAGCCAGUAGGUGGGCCCCAGCCAGUAGGUGGGACCCAGCCAGUAGGUGGGCCCCAGCCAGAGAGUGGGACCCAGCCAGUAGGUGGUCCCCAGCCAGUAGGUGGUCCCCAGCCAGUAGGUGGUCCCCAGCCAGUAGGUGGGCCCCAGCCAGUAGGUGGGACCCAGCCAGUAGGUGGGACCCAGCCAGAGGGUGGGCCCCAGCCAGUAGGUGGGCCCCAGCCAGUAGGUGGGACCCAGCCAGAGGGUGAGCCCCAGCCAGAUGGUGGGCCCCAGCCAGUAGGUGGGCCCCAGCCAGAGAGUGGGCCCCAGUCAGAGAGUGGGACCCAGCCAGUAGGUGGUCCCCAGUCAGUAGGUGGGCCCCAGUCAGUAGGUGGUCCCCAGCCAGUAGGUGGGCCCCAGCCAGUAGGUGGGACCCAGCCAGUAGGUGGGCCCCAGCCAGUAGGUGGGCCCCAGCCAGUAGGUGGUCCCCAGCCAGAGAGUGGUCCCCAGCCAGUAGGUGGUCCCCAGCCAGUAGGUGGGCCCCAGCCAGUAGGUGGGCCCCAGCCAGUAGGUGGGCCCCAGCCAGUAGGUGGGACCCAGCCAGUAGGUGGGACCCAGCCAGUAGGUGGGACCCAGCCAGUAGGUGGGACCCAGCCAGUAGGUGGGACCCAGCCAGUAGGUGGUCCCGAGCCAGUAGGUGGUCCCCAGCCAGUAGGUGGUCCCCAGCCAGUAGGUGGUCCCCAGCCAGUAGGUGGUCCCCAGCCAGUAGGUGGUCCCCAGCCAGUAGGUGGUCCCCAGCCAGUAGGUGGUCCCCAGCCAAUAGGUGGUCCCCAGCCAGUAGGUGGGCCCAAGCCAGUAGGUGGGCCCCAGCCAGUAGGUGGGCCCCAGUCAGUAGGUGGGCCCCAGCCAGUAGGUGGGACCCAGCCAGUAGGUGGGCCCCAGCCAGUAGGUGGGACCCAGCCAGUAGGUGGGACCCAGCCAGUAGGUGGGACCCAGCCAGUAGGUGGGACCCAGCCUAGUGUCAGUAAUUAG